CUGUGACUUCAUGGGCAGGCGAGGCGCGGCCGCGGAGCUGCGCCGCUGCGGGCCGCGGCCAUGCCCAAGCGGGGCUGCCCCUUCGCGGACGCGGCCCCGCUGCAGCUCAAGGUGCGUGUGGGCCGGAGGGAGCUGAGUCGCGGCGUGUGCGCCGAGCGCCUCACGCGGGAGAUCUUCGAAAAGACCACGCAGCUCCUCUUCCGCGGGGCCCAGGCCUGCAUGGACCCCGCGUGGGAGGAAGGCUGCGCCAUCGUCGACACUCCGGAGUCCCCGAAGCCUGGCCCCACGGAAGCCCCUCGGGCCGCGCGCGGGCAGAUGCUGAUCGGGCCCGACGGCCGACUGACCAGGAGUCGAGCCCAGGCCUCCGAGGCUGACCCAGCCAUGGCGGCGGCGGGCGCCUGCUCUUCAUGCGUGCGGGCCGUGGACGGGAAGGCGGCGUGUGGCCAGUGCGAGCGGGCCCUGUGCGGGCGCUGCGUGCGCACCUGCUGCGGCUGUGGGGCAGUGGCCUGCGCCCUGUGUGCCCUCGUGGACGUGUCUCCCGACCCGACCCUACCUGAGCUGCUGCCCCUGGGGGCCAUCCGGGGCCAGUCAACCCUGCUGCACACCUGGCCGACCUGCAGUGACCUCCACGAGAAAGUGCUGUGCGCCAGCUGCGCCAUGUUCGAGGCCUGAGGCCAGGAGAGGACAGCAGCCCUGCCUGGACGACCUCGCCGCCGUCCACGCUGAGGGACUGGGGGGGAGGGGCGGGAGGGGACAGCCUUUCUAUUUUGUAUUUUGUUCUCCUGAUCACAGAAGAGAAUAAACCCUUUAUAUUUAGA